AUGGAUUUUGACCCGAAUACGGGAUUACCUUGGGGCACCAAUCCCUUCAAAGUCUCUCCACCAGCCUUCACCUCUUCGAUAGAUCCUACGAUCUUGAAUUCGUUUCCUUCCACGUUCUCAACCCAGAGCGACUUCCCAUUUGACACUACCCUCGUACCAACCCCCUUUUCAAAUCUACACGUCAAUGGAGAACCCAAAGCCGGAACUUUUUCAAACCAAUACGCGCCAUUACUUCCACCCUCGCCCGUUUCUCCUUUGCAAAAAUCCCCUGCUAGGAGCAAUUCGGAUUGGGAACAGCGUUCGCAAUCCCAGGGGUUCCAACCCGGAUCAAGCGCCAUUCCUACCUCAUUGGCAAGGCCUUCAUUAUUAGCAACGUCUCAGCUUCCUGCAAGCGAUAUAUUCAGUUGGACAGAUGACAUACCCGUCUUGCAACCCAAAUCAUUGGACUGUCCCCAAAAUAUAAACCAAGGACCGGCAAUCAAUUCCUCUCCAUCCACAGGUGUCGCAGUCCAUGGCUUCCCAACCGAUUUUCCCCAUAUUUCUCCCAAGACUUCGAUCACAAACUUCCACGCCGACCUUUCUACCUUUUCGAAUAAUACGUCCCCUAAUUAUAAUAAUCCGUUUUCAAACAACGCUGCCUCCCCGGGUGAUUGGGGGCAUUCCACUCCAUCAGGUUCGGAUGCCACUCGCGCUUUAAGAAAAACUCCCCAAAAGAGUAAGAGUGUAGCCAACCAGUUCAGUAGCAGUCGCUGGCAAACACCUGCAACCACUCCCACGCCCGAGGUUAAAUCAAACAUCAAAUCAAUCAGAAACAACUCUUCUCCAGACUCCACACCAUCGAAAACCAGCCGAAAGGUCUCAAGCAGCUCACCUUUGACGACAGGCACAAAUUCUGCCAUAUUUGUCAAUUUCACCUCCAGAGACUCUAAAAAGUUACUUAACGGGGUGGCUCCUAGCGGCAGCUCCAAGCGCAAGAAAACUUUGGACGGCAAGUCGACCAGGCCAGAUAACAAGAAUAAGCGUUCGAUUUCCGAUGAUGGGGGCGAUGCAAUCAAGAAAAGAAGAGUUCAGAGCAGCUCCACUUGA